UCCGGAAACGUCAGCCAACCGCAAACCAGUUUUUUUUUUCUUCUUCUCUGCAGCAGAUCUGAUUCUGGUUCCGACCGCAGCUCCGACAGAACCCCCCGCAGCCUGGCAGCCGUGAGCCCUUCCCCGCACACCGCCAGGACAUGAAGCGGCCGUGAAGGCGCCGUUUUCCCGCUGAACAUCCAGAGAGCAUCCGCAGCUGAUUCCCCUGAGAGACCGGAGCGGAGGCGGAGGGAGAGCACUGCAGCAGACAUGCCGGGCCUCAUCAUCACGCUCAUCGCUUUCCUGUCCGGCUCUGAAGCUUUCGGACGGGGCUCGACCCAACGGGUUAUCCCGCUCGGUCCUCCGCAGGCUCCUCUGCUUCCGGGUGAGGUCCAAGCCCAGUCGCGUUUCAUCCAGGAAUUAGUCAGAACCAAGCGCCACUCGGCCCGCGAGUUAGUCCGCGCCCAGCCUCACCUGGUUCAUGACAUGGGCUGGCCGGAGAUCCACGAAACAUCCGGGUCACAAAGCAAACAGGAGCCGGUGAAUUCCUCCGCCGUGAGCCCGACGUCCGCCAUGAACCAGGAAGUAGCCAGGACCCUCGCUGCCGUGGAUAAAAGCCUGGAUGUGGAAGAAGUAAUGGAGCGGAUGGUCCACCUGGCGGUGCCGCUGGGUCUGGACGGCGCCGGGGGACACCUGGAGCUCACGGAGCCAGAGGCAGAGCGCCGCGGCGGGCUCGGAGCCGGCGACGCCUCCCAGGAGGCGUCCGGCUUCGACGGGACAGACACGGAGGACAGAGAGCACGGAGACGACGGAGGAGAGGAUCAGGACAGGAGAGGAGGAGGAGGGGAGGACGAGUGGGAGAGGUACGCAGCGGAGGACAGAGAGAGACGUGGGGAAGAGGAUGAAACGGGACGAGAGAUGGACGAACGUGGCGUCUCAGAAGCCGUGGAGGUCAAUCACACGACUCCAGAUCUCUACGCUCUGAUCGACUACAGGUCUUUGUUUCAUCCGUCCAAGGAGCCCAGCAGGUCCUUCCUGUCUGAAGAGCUCAAUUUCAGGCCGCAAGAGCACCGCGGCCCCUCAGUCUUGGAGUUGAGUCCUUCAGAGAAAGAUCUGUGGACAGCAGAGAAGGACGAAGACGUUCAGUCCAGCGGCUACGGCGUCCUUCGCUCCUCGGUCGCCGCAGCUCAGACCUCACCGACACCUCCUGCUGAUCCAGCCCUUUCUGUAGACUCUGACGGUACAGCGACACCAGAGACCGACACCGGAACCGACUUUGGACUUCUGGGAAGUUAUACAAAAGAUGAGGAGAAGGAAGCAGGUCUGCCACACGCAGGAGUAAUUACCCAGAAUCCCACUGCUCCAGAGGUUGGGUUGGCACCCAGCAGACGACCUCUGCAGCCCAGUUUGGAGCAGGAGGAACACGGGGAAGAACGGGAACAUGACCUAAAAGAAGACAGAAGUGAGGAGUUGGAGGAUGAGAGGAAGGUGCGAGAAGGAAGCAGAUUCAGAGGAAUCAUCCCGCUGACCACAGACCCGUCCCAUACGGCUGGAUUCACAGCGACCGGGUUUGAUCCCGGACUGGAGGAGCCGCGGCAGGUGGUUUGUGUGAACUGGAACGAGCUGACCGGUCGGGGCUAUGUCGUCCUCAACAUGACGAAGAACAUGAACUGUGAGGAGUUUCGUGUCUGCGGCGGCGUCCAGCUGCUGAAGAUCAUGGAGCGGGAGUUUGCACGCAGAAUGAACAGCCCUGAAGGAUCAUGGGUACUUUACCUCAGCAAGCCGACGCACCAGCAACACCAGCUGCUGAUGAAUGUUGCGUCUGCACAUGGAGUCAUUGCUACUCAGGAGGUGCUGGACAUGUUGGGAGAGAUCAAAAAAGGCCUUGAUAAGGUGGGGAUCCAGAACUACAGCGCAGCAACCAGCUGCCAGUCUCGGCCCAGUAAGACCCGCAGCGACUACGGAAAACUCUUCGUGGUUCUGGUCAUCAUCGGCUCCAUCUGCAUGGUCAUCAUCACGUCUGGCUUCAUCUACAUCUGCUGGCAGAGGCGGCUGCCGGGAAUGAAGAGCAUGUUUCCUGCAGAGGAGCUUCACUCUGUGGAGAACGGUUACCACGACAACCCCACCCUGGAUGUAACCAAUGACAGCCAGGCUGAAAUGCGGGAGAAGAAGCCGAGCACCAAUGGGCUCACGGGGGCGGGAGAAGGGGGCGGGGACGACAGCAGUCGCUGGCAGGCGUUCGUCAACCAGGCAGCAACUGAGGAUGAUGAAGAGGAGCAGGACACACAUCUCUGAUUGAGGAAGAGGAGAUUUAUUUUAUUAGAAGAGUCUAGAAGAAAGAUCACUGUGAUGACAGAGGGGAGGAAAGUAGCCGCGACUGGGAAUAUGAGGGUUGUAGCUGGAGGAGUCACUGAGGUCAAAAUCAAACAUUGAAGCUUCAUCAAUCGCUGCGAAUUUAUCCAGACCACAUCAGAGCCCUUCUGUUUGGUGUGCCUUAAGCUCUCAGCUCUCCGGACUGAAGCUGCACGAAACGAUUUCACAGUCCGUGACCAAUCACCUCUCCACCUGCAAGCUUUAGUAGCUUUAGUAGCUUUAUCAGCUCAAAUGUUUGAUUACCUGCAACAGAAUGCAGCUGUGUCUACGACGGCGUGUUCGGGCCAGAAAAAGAGGAAAUUUCCACCAAAAAACUCAGAAAUUUUGACAAAAAUCUAAGAAAUUUUCUAGAAAAAUCAAAA